AUUAUAACAAACACACUAAUGAAUUUGUCACAGUUGGGCCAGGAUAUUUUGUUACCUGGGCAUUUCGUUACGGAGCGAGACAUUUAAUUCCUCGUAAGAUGAAUCGUACAGAGUAUAAAGAGAACAACAUGUUUAGUCACAUGGUGCUAGAGGGAACUGCUAGUAGAUCACAGAAAAUCUUCUUAUCUGUUCAUACUUCAUGUGUGGUGUACAAUGUAUUUGAUGGGAAGCAGCUGUCCUACAGGAAAGACCUUCAUGAACGUGACAUCACAGCUAUGACCUUCUUUAAUCCACUGAAAUAUCUUAUAACUGGUGCUCUUGAUGGAACUAUAAAGAUUUGGGACAACAAAUGGCACAUACAGAUGGUGUUUGUAGGUCACACAGGGACUAUCCAUGCAUUAGAUAUCUAUCCACAUGGCUCGGCUAUCAUCUCUGCCUGUGCUGACAAAACUAUCCGUGUCUGGAACCUAGACACAUGUGACGAGGUAGAUAGAGCAACAUUAGAUGGUCCAAUAAAAAACUUACAGACUACAUUAGACUAUGACACAUUUUUCACAUACCAUGGACAGACAGUUGAUAUGUGGAAAAUACAACAUCUAUAUCACAUACAUACAUCAGUGGGUCAGCGAGUUGUGAAGAUAAAGCAGACAAGUCACCCGAAUUUCUCUACACGUUCUGUAGUGAUGAGUCGGGACAGUAGUGUAAGACUUGUCUCCCCUGUUUCUGGUGAUGUCAUCACAACGUUACUACUGAGUCCAAACCGAGGCUUGGUUGAUGUAGCUUAUGCUAUUGAACAUGAGGUCAUGUUUUGUGUGCUAGGAAGUGGAGACAUCUUAAAGGUACGCACUGACACAAACCCGUGUCAUGUUGUCAAACAUUGGAAAUGUGCUGAUCCAGAGAAAGAGGCAUGUAACUAUUUGUUCGUGUAUGAAUAUGUGGUGGAUAUUGAGCUUAAAACUGAUACUUGGGGCGCCAUUAAACGUGGCGUUACCACAAAAAGCUUGAACGUCGAGGAGGACGAUGAUGAUGACGAUGAUAAUAGAAAACACAAAAAGAAGAAAAAUAUGAACAGAACUCUCCUACUUGGAGGAAGAAAAGAUGGAUAUAUUUGUGUUUAUGACUGGGAAACAGGCAAUGUGGACUUUAAAAUAGAUGCUCAUGGCAGUAAAGGAGUAAUGAGCAUGAUAGCUAAUGCUAAAGUUGACCAGCUUAUUUCUGCUGGAAAAGACAAUGUGAUCAAGGUAUGGCGGGUGUACCCGUUUGUACAGGAGGCACUAGCGCCACUGAUGUCAUUUUUCUGUGCCCACCUACCUCUACACAUGACUAUGAUAAAAACUAACCUAUGUGUAGCCUUCCAGGACCAUGCCACAGCAACAUACAGUGUCGUUAUGUAUAAUCUACGUGACAGAAUGUUCGGGACCGAGUCUGAUUUGGAAGCAUAUGACCCGGAAAAUCGUUACGAUCACGAACCUGGCGAUGAUCACGGGGAGACAAUUACCGGACUGAGCGCAUGCUCGAGGUUAAAGUUGUAUGCUUCGAGUAGUUUAGACGGUACAAUCAGAAUAUGGAAUGAGACUAAUACUCUAGUUAGGUUAUUAAAGAUGAAGUCUGUACCUCACAGUGUUGGUUUUUGUAGUGCGAAGGGAGAUCUUCUUGUUGGUAUAGACAACCAUCUAUACAAGAUACCAUACUAUUCUUAUCUCCCAAAAUCUUACAUGUUUAGAAUGGUGUCAAUGAAGUUUGGCAAACAGCCAGCAGAACAUCCGUUACCGGAGACACAGGAAAUAACACAGAAGAUGACCAAAAAUGAUCUGUCGAGACUCAAAAAUUCACACUCUUCUUUUAAAUACUCAACAUUUACCGACAUUUUAACACCGGCGGAGGAAGAAGAAAUUAACCGAGAGAGACUGAUCAAGGAAAAGGCAUUUAAUUUGUUGAUGAUACGAGAGAGUGAGCUGGAGAAAAUACGUAACGGAGACCUGAUGUCGAAGAAGAAGCCGAAAGCCACUGCUAAGACAAAAAAAGUUGCAUUUACUCAAUAUAUGAAAAUGUUCUAUGAUAAACCUAAACCAACAAUUCCUAAAGAUGAUCCAUAUCCAGAAGACGCUGUCAAAGAAGCUGUGAAAGAGCCAGAGGAGCCACCUAAGGAUGAGUAUUGUCCAGAAAAGGAGCCGACAGGGUUUUUUCCACCAGCAUCGGAAGCCACACGACCUAAACCUCCUGAUAACUCGCCUCUCAAGGCAGCGUACCAUAUAGCUCCCAACGGCUUUGUUCCUAACUCUAUACUUAUUAAACUGCUGUGGCCUCAGGCAGCCAAGGAAAAAAUGGCCAAGAGGAAGACAGAAGAAUGGAAACUUCCGUCAUUUUCUGAUGCCCAGCUAAAGGCCAUCGCUAAAGCUAAACAGGACCGGGAGAGAGCUGAGAACAUGGCCAAAUUAAUGGCUCAAAAGUCUAAAGCUCAGCUGGUUGAAAAAUCAGUAAAGUUCAAACCAGAAAAGACAAAAUCAGUUUCUGGAGUAUCAGAAGCUGAUGUGGAUGAGACAGGUGUUAGAAUAGAGAAGGAGGUUACUGUUGUGAAAGGUGAGGGUGAGGAGGAGCUACUGGAGGAGGAGGAGGAGUUUGAGGACAGGGUAAUGGAGAUGGACUGGGGAGAUGAUGAUGAAGAUAAUAUAUAUAAAGAGAAGAGUAAGCUCUCUGACAAAGAAAGUACAAAAACGUCCCUUAAAAACAAGUUUGCUGAUAUAAUGGCAAAACCGCCAACACCACAGGAAGAAGAGGAACCUCUAACUAAAGAAGAAACAAUGAUUUCCAAGGAGAAAACUAUGGAAUCAUCAAAACAAACCUCGGACCUCAGUACAAAAUCUACUCCGAGGGAGAUCAAACCAACAAAACCCAUCAAAAAGCUAGUAUCACGACCACCACCACCUCCGCCACAACCCAAACCAAAAUCGCCCUUACCGGCUGUCAAGAAAGCGCCAUCGGAACAACGGGAAAUAACUCGGGUAAAGACGCCUACUCCGACACCAACCACCCCUACACUUCCACGUGCAAGGACACCUUUACCUGGAUUUAUCACACAAUUCAAAGGGGUUGAAUGGUUUGAGAAGUACUUUCCAAAUUGUGAAACAACAAUGCCAAAACCAUGGUCUCUGGAGAACUUUGUUGCUGCUUUAGUCAAACUGAUAAAAACUGUGGACUAUUCAUACAAAAUUGCCAUUGUAGAAGCGUUAUUAAUGCUGCAUGCUCAAGACGAGUUUGCAGACAAUCUUUCCCAUACAGUGAUUAAAGCAAUGUCUAGUGUGUUGAACCAUCAGAAAGACUACCCAACAUGUAUGAUAGAAGAUCAGAGGAAUUUUAUCAUAGUUUGUAUCAAGGGCAUGCAGAAAUUGUUGACGUCACCUGAUAAGGAAUUUGUCACAGAAUUAUUGGUGCAAUUUCUGGAUGGAGACAAAGAAGUUAGGGCAGUUGUCAUAACUAUCCUGACCUCUAUUGGAAUGCAGGAUCAGCAUAAAUUCUUGCCGAAGGAGUUGGAUUCCUGGGAUAUCUGGAACGUGGAGGAAGAUGAUCGUAAAUCUGACCUCAGGAAGAUGUGUCAUCAGUGGCUAGAUAGAUGGAUGACAACGUACAAAUUGCAUUUAGAAGAUACGAUUGACCGCAUGAAGAAAGGGCAAAAUAUACAUGGUCGUAUGUCAAGAGAUCAGUUCAAGAAAACACCAUCAAAUAAAAGCAUACUGAGAAGAUCAGUGGGUGUUGGAACAGAUACAGGCAUUACAGAAGAUCAGGAAACUGUAACAACACUAGAUGAUGCUAAACGAGGGGUGACCGUCACGUUUGACAAGCCACCAGACCCCGCAUUGUUAGACAAUGCUAACUACAUUGAUGCCAUCAACUAUUUCUGUGACAUGAUGUUUGAGAAGGAGAUGGAAACAAUGAGAGCUCCCGGCAAACGUUUGCCAGGCUCUAAAGAGAAUGUUGUACAAGCCAAAAACACCGUCCUUGUUUUACCCAAGAUUCCUCAGAAACCAAGCUUGGUGCGACUUGGUGAAACUCAUACAAGUCAUUGUAGACCUCACAGAGAAACAAAUCUUCAUGUUGAUUAUCGUCUGCCACCACAAACAGCACGAGGAUAUCAUCCAUUCCCUGGUCAAAUCACUGGCUUUGUAAACAGUAUUAAUCUCCCGAUGAAACCGUUGAUGUUGAACCCCUUCCCCUGUGCUUUAGAUGAACUGGACGCAAGAUUCCAAGAACCUAUUCUGAUAACAUUAAAAUCAGCACAGAAAUAUUUCAUACCUUCACAGUCUAUUGUACCGCAGGAGGCAGUGCCUGCUGCACUUUGAUCUGACUGGACAGGGGGGAAAAAUGACAUCAGUGUCUAUAUAUACAGAUCUGUGAUUUGACUUGAUUGUGUGGAUACAGUCCUAUAGUUAAAAUAAAACUAUCAUAAAAUGUGAAUUUAGAUGCAAAAUAUAUCAUUGACUGAAAUCAUGGCUUUGAUUAAAGACAUGCUGAAAUGCAUCUCUCUUAAUAUAAGAUUUCAAAUAUGAAAUAUGGAUAUUUUAAACAUGGCAUUUUGUUUUUAAUUCAUGACUUAUUUUAUAUAUUUGUUAUAAUCAUGUUGUGUUUGAUAGGAUUUUAUAUUGUUAUAACAAUACAUGUAUAUAUAACAAUACAUGUAUAUGUUUAUUAUUAACUUAGUUUAUUCUGUGCAAUGAAGAUUUAAUUGGCAGUCACAAGUUUAAUUGGCAGUCACAAAGGGAUAACAUUUAAGUGAAGAUUUUAUUCUUAAUCUCGAUAUGAUUUGUGUCAAUUUUUGAAUACUGGGACCAGUACAUUUUCUAUUUUUGCAAAACACCUCUGCUGUGUCUCUUAGAAAUUCCUUACUGUAUCAAAGUCAUGGGACUUCAUACAAAAUGUAUUACUAACUUGAGACUGUUUCAAUAAACAUUUUUAUCCUUUGUAACUUCCUGAGAAAAGUUAAGAAAUAAGCUUUAUUCGGCAAUGUGUUAAAGUUUAUCUACAUAAUGUUAUUCAGAAUUUAAGGAGUCAUAACAUAGUAUAAAUUAGGACAUUUGAAGCGCAAAGUUUUCACAGGUUUUGGUCAAAAGACUUAUUUCUUACUUUGACUCUCUAUGUAAUACAACCCUGGCUUAUAUUUAAAGAAUGAUAUUUCAUUAUUUUCAUUACUGAUGAAUUUCUUUUUCAACCUUUAUAGUUGUUGUUUUACUUUUUGCUCACCCUUUUUGUCGACUAUUUUUAAAUGUUAAUGUAUGUUGCAAAUUAUGUGUAAAAAAUAUUUGAUAACAUUUAAAAAGCCUGACAUUUUUUAGACAUAUUCAAAAAACGUAAAGCAAACUGCUUAUUUAUAGGCAUUAAGAAAACAUAUAUAUUUAACAUUUUACUGGCCUUGAAAAGGAAAUAAUAUAACUUACUUGUAAAUAAACAAUUUUUAAACCUGAAAUAUGUUCACAAGAACUAUUAUCAGAGAAAAAGAAGGUAUUUGAUGUAAAGACGUUAGUGUGUAAUAUUUUUUUUCACUGCAUGUAUUGUAUGUACGGGAUGACCAUGAUAUACGUUCUAUCUGUGAUAUUUUUUAUUUGCUAACACUUUUUACCUUGAACUGUUCCAAAAUAAGAAUGUUUAAAUGAAUUGUUAAUCAACAAAAAAUAAAAAUAAUAAAUUAUCAUCAUUGAAA